UAAGACGGUACAGCUAACUUCAUUUCUGACUGUUGACUCAAGUGGGUCGGUACCGACUACAGCAUCUAGUUUAUACCAAGCAAGUGUCAAGAUGAUAUUGAAGAUGUUAGCGUUUUUGGUAAUGCUGGCAGCGUCUGCGGCGGCGACCAAUCAAGACUGGCACCCAGCCGUGGACUCUGUUCUGUUAAGCCAAAUCAGGGAGAACAGUCCCGCAGAUCUGAUGAGUGUCAGCAACGGCGCGCCCGUCACCUACUGCGAAGUGAACAGCACACUGAACAAGCCGCUGAUCCGCAACGCAUUCCUCAUGGACCACGUGACCAGUAUGGAUCGAGAGAGGACCAGCGGCCGCACACUUCAUAACCAGGGAUCUGGAGCGUUUGGCUAUUUCGAAGUGACACACGACAUAUCCCAUAUUUGUAAAGCCAAACUGUUUGAUGAAAUAGGCAAAAAGACACCAGUUGCAAUAAGAUUUUCACCAGCAGCCAAUGAAAAGGGCGCGCCUGAAUUAAAUAGAGGAGCAAGAGGUUUCUCGGUUAAGUUUUACACAGAAGAAGGCAACUUAGAUUUGCCAGGCCUCAACAUGCCUAUGUUUUUUAGUAAAAAUCCACUCAAGUUCCGCGAAUUCGUGUACGCACUGAGAAAAGAUCCCGCGGUGUAUUUCUACAAUCCGAUGGGGUUAUGGGACAUAAUUAUCUCUAACCCCGAGGCGCUGAACAUGUUUUUAUUAGUCUUCGGCGACCGAGGUAUUCCUAAAACUUACCGGCAUAUGCCCGGCUACAACAUUCACACAUUGCAGGUUGUGAACGAAAAAGGAGAGAACCAUUUCGUCAGAUUGCAUUUCACACCAGACGCGGGCAUCAAACACCUCACGUCAGCUGAAGCUCAGAAAGUCGCCGCUACUGACCCCGAUUUUUACACGAGGGACUUAUACGAUGCUAUCGAAAAAGGCGAUUAUCCGAGUUGGACAGUUAGUAUACAGAUCGCGAGCGAAGCGGACGUGCAGAGUCAUGGAUGGUGUCUAUUCGAUAUAACCCGGGUGCUUCCCAUAAAUGAGUUUCCCAAAUACCCAUUUGCCAAAAUAGUCUUGAAUAGAAACCCAAAAAAUUACUUCGCAGAAAUAGAACAGUUGGCUUUUUGUCCAGCGAAUUUGGUGAACGGUAUACUCGGCGCGCCAGAUAAGGUGUACGAAGCGCGCAGAUUUGCAUACGCAGAUGCUCAACUGUAUCGCUUGGGGCCGAAUUUCGAGAAGAUUCCUGUCAAUUGUCCACUCCAUGUUACCGAAUAUUCGGAUUCGUAUGAUGAACCGGUUGGCAGUCAAGCGACACAAAAUGCGGGUUUACUUAAAAUUAAGGAAGAGGAGCCAUACAAUUUAGAUCAGGCUGCAGAAUUGUACGAGAACGAAAUGACUGCGGAUGAACGGGCGCGUUUACAUAAAACUGUUAUUGCAAUGCUGACACCCGCUAGUUCCUCGGUUCAACAAAAAGUAAUAGAGCUCUUUACAAGUGUCCAUCCCGACUUGGGUAACACUAUUGCACAAGGGUUAAAUGCUCGAUAAAUGAUGAAGAUGAUAAGAGCUCUUUAACUCCAAGGUACCAACUAAACUCCAUGACCACGCUUCGCUCGGUACAUUAUAUCUUAUAUGGAGAGAAGGAUUUAGAACAUUUGGCUUAACUAAUAGAUCGUUGGUUUAAAUCUAUCAAAAGUUGUACCUACUUUUUUUUGUUAAACGUAUACAACUUACUGAAAAACUUGUUCGUUUUAUCUCAUCAUCCAU